GAUUAGGUAAUGUUUUAGAGAUUUUUCAUUUCAAGUGAUUGUCAUUAAAAUGAGUUUAAAUUACUGUUUAGUUUUGAUAUCACUAUUUGUGACACAAAUCUAUUUAAUUGAAUGCAAUAGCAAUGAAAUCAUAGAUAAUAAUAACAGGUUUUAUGCCAUCGAAGGCAAAGUGAUCCCAUAUUCAGAUAUGACUGAAUCGAUGAACGAGUUCCUGAGGAAUACGAAGAUUAUCGUCAACUACGGCCAACACCUGGCGUUUCUUAAAAGUGACGGUUCCUUCUCUGUGACUCAUCUGAAUCCGGGCUCAUAUUUGAUGGAAAUCUCAAACCCGGACUACUUCUACGAACCGAUCCGAGUGGACAUCAACUCAAAGGGCAAAAUCCGGGCGCGAAAAGUGAAUUACAUCCAGACGUCGGCCGUCCAACAGCUCUCAUAUCCACUGAAAUUCAAAAGUAAGGGUCAAUUCAAGUACUUCCAGAUCCGCGAGACCUGGAAAGUGACCGACUUCCUCUUCAACCCAAUGGUACUGAUGAUGGUUUUGCCACUCUUUCUGAUUAUGGUUUUGCCUAAAAUGAUGAACGCCGCCGACGCCGACACUCAACGGGAGAUGCAAAACAUCCAAAUGCCUAAAUACGAUGUCCCGGAGCUCUCGGAGAUGAUGACCAGUCUGUUCACUGGUGGACCCAAACCCCAGGCCUCCAAAUCUAAAGCCGUCAAAAAGAGACAAUAGUAUUGGCUUUAGUUAGGAGUUUAGACCAAUUGUUGUCUUUUAUUUGUUUCAAUCGUUUAUUGGAUUCUUCAUCUCAAGUCACAAUAAAUCGUUAAAUUAUUUAUUGUUUUUUUGU